UAACAAUGAUUCACGGUUUGGAACGGUAGGACUAUUUGCUUAUAUGUUUUCAAGCAAAAAAAGGACUUCAAAUUCUGACGCGAAUUUCCAACUAAACUAGCCUCCGAUUUCCACUUGCUUCUCAAACAUCUCUUCCUCCGGCGAAGUCGAGUUAGAGCUGUCAAGGACAGAGAGAGCACAGUGAUAUUCCUGGGAGAGAAAAAUGUUGUUUUUCUCAUAUUUCAAGGAUCUGGUAGGCAGAGAAGUGACUGUGGAACUGAAGAAUGACUUGGCUAUCCGAGGAACACUACAUUCAGUUGAUCAGUAUCUGAACAUUAAGCUUGAAAACACGAGGGUUGUUGACGAGGACAAGUACCCCCACAUG